AUGUCAUCACUAAGUCUCCACCCAGAAGGUCUCGACUCUCAGGAUCUUCUUGAUCUCCCAUCUACACCAAUACUCCAUCCUUCUACCUCCUUCGACGAGGAAGAACAACACACAGUUUCAGAAUCUGCGGGCCUGGCUAGUAUGGAUGCGACGAUGGAUAGAAAUCCAGUUGAUGAAAAUGCAGAUGACGAGAGCGAGGAUAAGCAAAGGGGACGCACACGAACACCAAGAACUGUAGCUUCAUCAUCCGCUUCAACUGUCACGAACAUUCCACACACGAGAUCAUACACACCAGAUUCAACAUCAGCAUCCACGCAAUCUCUCGAACCCCUCCAUCUCAAUCCUAACCUAGAGCCUAAUCUAACUCUAGCUCACAUCACAUCUCUUCCUCAAAGUACGAUCCUCAACUAUAUAUCUGCAUACCGUCUUGCGCGUCAACGCUCAUUUGAAGAGCACGUUCACCCAUUACAUGCUCAAUCCCAGACGGUUGCGCCAGAAUCUCAGAGGCAUACUUUAAAUAACGCAGACGAAGACUCCGAUUUCAGUUCUUCAUCCACGUCCACAACGCGGUCGAUGCCAGCACCAGCACCAGGUCCUGAACGAAGACAUUAUCGCUAUCAAGACUCUGUAGGACAAUUCACCAGUCCCCAUUGGCGACACCCGAUACUAGCACCUCUGAGCCCAAGCCCAACAACAGGGCGACCAGGUCCAGGAUUGCCUUCACCAUCACCAUACGGAAAUCGGGUAAGCGGCGAUGAUCGGCUUAUUACUCUGACGGGAGGCCAGGAUAAUAUGGCUAGAGAAAGAGUAGAACAGGAAACCUCGCUUCGAUCGCUCAGGAAUGCCCCAUCAUCUGUAGUCGAGCCUGAGAAUAGAGGCUCGACAGGUAUAGAUUCGGACAGCGAUCUCCAGGCUCAGAUUCGAUUUCAAAGCCAGCGACUUCGUGAAGCCAGUCCCGACUCGCGUGCAGGAAUACGUGAUAUUUUGACAAUUUUGGUGACUCAAACCUGGGAGAAUCAAGUGCGGGAGCCGGUGAGAGGUGUCAUCACAGAUGAUAGAGUCGAAGCUGCCAAUUCAUCGAUAUCUCAGGCCGCUAAUUCUGAAGCCAGAGAUCUAAGUUCUGGGAAUGCCACUUCAAGACCACCAGUUGUUGCCUUUAAUCAAGACGGCACUAUUUCGUUUCCUCAACGCCGGGCACUUCUCAAUCCUGUGAACAACUCAGAUUCAUCAGUUCAGGAGGAUAUCAAUGCAGAAGCUGCAGCUAGGAGAGCUCGAAGCGGACUCCCAGCUUUACCCAGUCUUGAGCCGGCCAAUGCAUAUUACACGGCCGAUUCACCAGCACCCAAUCGAUCGGAAAUUAAUCGUAGCUUAUUUCGGAUGGAGAUGUCGGUGCGAAAUGUCCGUCAAAGAUAUCUUUUUGAGCUUCAAGAACGAAGAGAAUUGGCUUCUUUAUCUCCAGAAGUACCAUCUGUAAUUGAAGCACAGAAUGUUCGUCCUUCUGUACAGGAUCUACUCAUUGACUUAGAGUCACAAGUCGGUAGGGUGCGAGAUCAAAUUAUGGGUACUGAUUUGACGAGACCUGAGAUUCCAUCGAAUGGUGGAGUCAAUGCCGAAGUGGAGGACGUAGAUAUCGAUCUUGACCUGGAUUUAACAAGACCACUAUCACGACAGAGCAGUAUUGAAAACUAUGGAGAUGCCGAACCAUCAAUGGCAGAACAACUCGCCGCCUAUCAAAUAUCAAGGAAUCAUCCGAAUCCCGAGUCGACCAUCGUAAAUCGUGACAUCCCACGAGACAUCUCGCCGCACGACAAUAGUGAACUCCCAGAUCUUUCUCAAAUCCUAGCCGGAUAUCAAGACGACAUGUCAAACAUCACUACGCGAACCCAACUCGCCAGACGCAGAGCCGAGCUACGACUAAUUGAAACGAGAAUCCGCGCUGGGCUCCCGAUAGAAAGCAGAGAUAUAUCGCCCUACAUUCUAGAGAACGCGAAUACUCUCUCGCGUGCACCGCGCUUACGACCAAGUACCAGUUAUGAGAAUCUGCGUUUGGAGCGACAACUCGCUGCGCUAUCUACUGGGGCUGCGCGAGAUACGAUUCCCGCCCAUCGAAGCAAUCUCUUGCCGCGGGCGCAGCGAGAAUUAGAUGCUGCGAAUGCCAAUAGAAUAGAGAUGCCCCAGAAGCCUGCCAUUUCGGUUUUCGAUCAUCUAGGCAAAUGGCAGCUAUACCUCGAAAAUUCAGCUACGAGAAUCGAUUCCCGGAUUCCAGAAGAAUGGAGUUCUCGCCUGGGAAACUACACAUUAAUCCCCGCAUCUACCAGCGCGCGUUCCAUUGGAGAUGUAAGUGGAAGUCCCCGAUCCGACGAGGAGAUCCUGGCUGCUUAUUCUGCGAAUACAUCGUAUGGAUUCCGGGAGAUUUUGAGACUGAUGAGAGAAGAUGGGUUGGAUGCGAGAGAGGCGUGGCAUUACGUGUUGCUGUGGAAAGAUUACUUGUCGGAGUCGCCGAUUGAUGAGUAUCACGAAGCGUUAGGAUUGUGUCCGAUGGAUAUUUUCAUGCAUGUGAUCAUCCAGGGAUUGAGUCGGGGGUUUGGAGACUGGAAAAUGAGUGUGAGGUGUGAUGUAGAGUGUGUCAAGUAUCUUGUUACGAGAACGAGUUAUUAUCCAUUUCCGUCUGCGGAAACGAUCGAUGCGGCAUCCACUUUUGGAGAUGUCACAUCACAGACUCUUCGAGAAUAUUUCGGUUCGGAGAUCAGUUUUCUCGAUGAAAAAUGGGAUAUGCUUGCUGCGUUGAAAGACAACCGAUAUUCUACAGCACGGAUUCUUCACCUAGCUAAGAAUAUUGCGAGAGGAAUCGCCAAGCUGGAUACUAUCGAUCUCAAGCCACCAUAUGACGAAUCGAAUAAUGCCCAACGCAAGGAUAUAUUCCAUAGACUGAAGUUGGAAGAAAUAGCACUUGCGGACCAACAUGGGUUACUGAGUGCACGGGAGCACCAAGCACUCUCAACGGAUGGAUCGAGUGUUGAACGUGUGUUGGUGGAAUAUAUGUUGAAAUGGGAUUUGGUGCCCGAGGAACGAGAACAGAUGUUUCAAGCGUUCGAUGGAGGGGCUUCGGUGGAGAGUCUUACGAGAUCAAGACAGAGGUAG